GAAAGCUGCAGAAGCCGAGUGCUGAGAGCUCGGGGACUCCCGGGAAGGAGGUGGGGAAGCCCGGAGACCUUCUGCACGGCACCUUACGGGAAAAAUACUUGGAGGGGUAUCAGGAGUACCGCCGAGAGAGGAGGCUGAGGUUUAAGGCCAAGGGCAGCGAGCAUUUCGAGAACAAGCUAGAGAAGAAGACCAGUUGGCUGAAGAUCCCCAGACUGGGGGAGAUCGAGGAGAAGGUCGACGUCAGGAAAGGGGAGGAGCGAAUCCGGCGGGCCACGAUCAGAUUCAGUAUCUUCCCACAAACUCUUGGUCAGUCUUUGGGUUCGUCUCUUAGUAAAUCGCAGUGGCAUCUCGCACGCUGCACCUCAGCCAUCAGUAUUUUUAACGAGCUGGCUAAGAUGGGCGACCCGGAUGUCCUGGAAAUGGUGCAGGAGCAAGAUAAAAAGAUCAGAGAAACAGACUAUAGUUCUCAAAUAAGUGAGGGCUUGAGCAGCCGGGAGACCAGUUUUCUUAUCUCUGAAGAACAAUUGCCUGCAAACCGGUACAAUUUGUUCCUGAGGCGGCGUCUUAUGUUUAAAAAAGAUGAACAAAGCAAAGAUUCUAUCUUCUUCCGAGAUGGAAUUAGGCAGAUUGAUUUUGUGCUUUCGUAUGUUGAUGACGUAAAAAAGGAAACAGAUGUAAAGUCGGAGAGAAGAAAAGAGUUUGAACAAAAUCUCAGAAAAACAGGUCUUGAAUUGGAAAUUGAAGACAAAAUGAACUCUGAAGAUGGGAAAACUUAUUUUGUCAAGAUCCAUGCCCCUUGGGAGGUAUUAGUUACUUACGCUGAAGUGCUGGGAAUGAAAAUGCCUAUUAAGGAGAGUGAUAUUCCCCGAGUCCAUAACAUACCAUUUAAGUAUGUGCUUGGGCCUGUGAAGCUCCCAAGGAAUGUGAAGUAUCCUAAACCAGAUUACUUUACGGCCCAGUUCACCAGACAUCGGCAGGAACUCUUCCUCAUUGAAGACAAGUCGAGUUUCUUCCCGUCCUCAUCAAGAAACAGAAUUGUUUAUUAUAUUCUCUCACGGUGUCCGUUUGGCAUAGAAGAUGGGAAGAAAAGGUUUGGGAUUGAAAGACUGCUAAAUUCUAACACGUAUUCAUCUGCCUAUCCACUCCAUGAUGGUCAAUAUUGGAAGCCUUCAGAACCUCCUAAUCCUAUCAAUGAAAGAUACAUACUUCGCCAGAAUUGGGCUAGGCUUUCCUAUUUUUACAAGGAGCAACCUUUAGAUAUGAUUAGGAAUUAUUAUGGAGAAAAAAUAGGCAUCUAUUUUGUCUUCCUUGGAUUUUACACAGAAAUGCUCUCCGUUGCUGCUGUUGUUGGCUUAGCUUGCUUUAUGUAUGGUUUAUUUUCAAUGAAUAGUAAUUUAUGCAGCACUGAAACCUGUGACCCUGAAAUUGGAGGUCAGAUUAUCAUGUGCCCACUUUGUGAUCUAGUGUGUGAUUAUUGGCGAUUAAAUAGUACAUGUUUGGCUUCAAAGUUCUCCCAUUUAUUUGACAAUGAGUCAACAGUGUUCUUUGCAAUAUUCAUGGGAAUUUGGGUCACAUUGUUUUUGGAGUUUUGGAAACAGCGGCAAGCCAAACUAGAAUAUGAGUGGGAUCUGGUGGACUUUGAAGAGGAACAGCAGCAGCUUCAGCUAAGACCUGAAUUUGAGGCUAUGUGUAAACACAGGAAAAUGAAUGCAGUGACUAAGGAGAUGGAACCUUACAUGCCUCUCUGUAGUCGCAUCCAGUGGUACUUUUUAUCAGGAGCCACAGUGACCUUGUGGAUGGCCCUUGUCAUCGCGUGUAUGGUAGCCGUGAUUGUAUACCGUCUGUCACUCUUUGCUACUUUCGCCAGCUUCAUGGAAAGUGAUGCGUCCUUACAGCAAGUCAGAAGUUUCCUCACUCCCCAGUUAACCACAUCACUCACUGGAUCUUGCUUGAACUUUAUUGUCAUUUUGAUUCUGAAUUUCUUUUAUGAGAAGAUAUCUGCCUGGAUUACAAAAAUGGAACUUCCUCGAACUUACCAGGAGUAUGAAAGCAGUCUCACCUUGAAAAUGUUCCUGUUUCAGUUUGUCAAUUUUUACUCAUCCUGCUUCUACGUAGCUUUCUUUAAAGGAAAGUUUGUUGGUUAUCCUGGAAAAUAUAUGUAUUUGUUUAAUAUAUGGAGAAAUGAAGAGGUAAGAAUUCUCUUGAGAGGGGAGAUCUGUGGCUUCAAUAACUUAUUGCUAACAAUGCCCAGAACUAACUCAGACUUUAGCAAGUUCAAGUCUAAGAUAGUGAUUGUCCAUACCGAAUAUGGCAUGCUUCUGAACUGGUGGAGACGCAGAAAAGCUCGAACCAAUUCUGAAAAGCUGUACAGUCGAUGGGAACAGGAUAAUGACCUUGAAUGUUUUGGAUCCCUUGCACUUUUCUAUGAGUAUUUGGAAACAGUUAUCCAGUUUGGAUUUGUUACAUUGUUUGUGGCCUCUUUUCCUCUGGCUCCUCUUCUUGCUCUCUUGAAUAAUAUUAUAGAGAUCCGAGUGGAUGCCUGGAAACUUACUACUCAGUACAGGAGACCUGUAGCUGCUAAAGCUCAUAGCAUAGGUGUUUGGGAAGACAUCCUGAAUGGAAUGGCUAUCCUUUCUGUUGCGACUAAUGCUUUUAUUGUUGCAUUUACAUCAGACAUCAUUCACCGCUUAGUUUACUACUAUGCCUAUUCAACAAAUACCAGCGAGCCUAUGAGAGGAUAUGUCAACAACAGCCUGUCAGUAUUCCUGAUAGCUGAUUUUCCUGAACGCAGUGCACCGUCAGAGAAACGAGAUUUCACUACGUGCAGGUAUAGAGAUUACAGAUAUCCUCCUGAUCACGAUCAGAAAUAUUUUCAUAAUAUGCAGUUCUGGCAUGUCCUUGCAGCCAAAAUGACCUUCAUCAUAGUUAUGGAACACAUUGUGUUUUUAGUUAAAUUUUUGGUGGCCUGGAUGAUCCCUGAUGUUCCAAAGGAUGUUCGGGACAGAAUCAAGAGAGAAAAGUUAACGACAGUCAAGAUUCUCCAUGACUUUGAGCUUAACAAAUUAAAAGAGAACUUGAACGUUAGCUCUACUGAAUUUGACAAAGCCGUCAUGAUCCAGGAAAACAGUGUCCAGCUGAGUCAAUCUGGGAUCUAUUCUUCGUCGUGAGCAAGGAGCUGGCUGCCUGUCUGGCAUCACAGUCUUCCUUGGGUUUAGGGCCAGCGGCCAGAAGCCUCAUGUCAAUUUUACCCCUUCUUCUUUCUUUUUUAAUGCAAAGUUUUUUACAGUUUUAUAGAGGCCAAUUUUGUAAGGUUGGAAGAGUACAAAUUUUCUGUUUUAUUGGCUGGGCUCUCACCAGACAUUGCUUUCUGGGGUUCUAUAAAUGAUUGUUAAAAGUUUAUGUGGAAACAGAAUAUUGGAAAAUCAUGAACUGUUGCAGUUUAGAAUUAAACAUCACUUGAGCUUUCCUAUCAUUUUCCAGUGAGUCUGCACAUUUUCAUGGUCUUCUAUUGGGGUGCUAUAUAUAUUUCCUUCCCACUAAGGAAAACAUUGGGAAAAAAAGAAGCAAGAGUUAGAUAUUUCCUGCCAUUUGAGACCAUGCAAAUGAAAAACCAAAAUCAGACAACAUAAGAAAAUUCACACGUUAAAAAUAUUGGAUAAAUAUCAUGGCAGGGGCUUAUUCCUGAAAUCGUCCACAAUAAAUUUCCAUCCAAAUCCCAGGUAGUCCUUCCAGGUAAAUGCAGAAUUGAUUUUUUAUGAGACUGACUAUUUGGGUUUCAACAAAAGACUAACAAUUCAGAUUUUUAAAGAUAAUUUUAGUAAUUCUGGCAUCAAGACUGAAUUUUCUUCACUGAAAAACAAUAUUAAGAUGUUAUAUUGCUUCAAGUCUUUAAGUAAAUGACAGAUAUAGAAAGAAAAAAUGCUUUUUUAGUAGUGAACAAGUAAAAGACAAUGUAUAUUGAGUAAUUUAUUGACCUCAAUUUAAAAAAAUCUUUGAAUUAUAUUUUAAAAUUCCUUUUUCUUCUACAAUGCCUACUUUGCAUCAUGAAACCUGUUUGAGCAUUAGCUAUUUGUAUGUAAUGUUCGAGUUGUUUGUGAAAUUUGCCUUUUUGUUUAAAACUAUCUUAAAUCUUUUAAUGAGUUUACAAUCUUUUCUUGUGAGGCAUCUCUUCAUGCAGUGUUUAGUGCCUUGUUCCUCUGCCCAUAACAAGAAGAAAUGGUAAUGCCUCACAGUUGAUUUAAUAUGAUGUAACUCAAAAAUGAGCAUGUUUUAGAGGAAUUGUCAGUUUAUGGUUAGUAAGAAUCUAGCACCAAAAAUGGAUCAAUCAAGUGAGAGGAUAAGGUGAUAAAAAUGCAAUAUUUAUUGUAUCAUUUCUUUGGUACUUGGGUCUAUGGUCAUGUAUGCUGGUUCUUCUGUCUUGUCCUUAAAAAAAAAAAAGUGCUUCACAUAUAGUUAAACACUAUAGGUUGAAAAAUACAGUUUGAUUAAAUAGUGUUUAAAUCUCUAGUUUCAAAUCACACUUCAGUUCCAAAAGUAGGAGCACAUGAAAGAGUACCCUCUUACAAGAUUUUUGUCUUAAAAAGUAGCGAUUCAUUAUUUGAUGAUAAUACAUUUUUGCAGAAAUGCUACUAUAUGGCAGGUAAUAACUUCUAAUGAUCAAUAUUAAGCAUUUAGAAGUGAGGAUUAUGAAUUGUAUCAAACCAUAGGACAGUUACCCCAAUACUGACAGUAAUGGUUUAUCAUUCACUGGGUAGAUUUUAUGAACAUUUUUACCUAACCUGACAUGAUCUCAUUAUAGGAGAAUAAUUCACAUGUGAAGGAAAUGUUUUUCUUGAUUGAGGGAACCAAUCACUGUUACUAUGAAAUAAGCCACAGAUGCAGUAUCUUUGCCCUUUCAAAUCUGUGUUACUAUAAUGUUGCACAUUAUACACAGCUCUUAUUGCUUCCUUCGUGGGUGCUAAUAAAAAUAAAGAAAAGCAUGGAAA